CAUCCAUUCAUCUGGAAUACUCGGCCGGCUCAGGUUUAACUAACUAACGAGGCUUAAUUAACAAGGAACAUUUUUAGCAGGAAAGUAUAUAUUUUCACGGCAUAUUCUUAUUAAUUUGCACUGCAUACAUACUUCUCAUUCCAAGUAUGCAAAUAUGCACAUUUUUCUAUUAAGUAAGUAAAGAAAGUCAGACAGAGAAGGUGCACAUCAAAGUGAGGCACGAUUUAUCCCCAGGAACGGAUCAAUUUCGGAUUAAAUAUUGUUCUAAGGAUCGUAAUUACGGAUUGGGAUUUAAGGAUUAAUGUCAAAGUUUAAUACUCAAUUUCGGAUUAUAUAUUCUGGAUUGUGGUUUAAAGGAUUGAGAGUAGGAUUUAAACAUUAGUGUUGUCAAUUUUAAUGUCAAUCUUUAACCCCAAGGGUUAAAAUUUAAUCCUCAAUCUGAACACUUAAUCCAGAUUAAAGCUAAUCCGUCAGCCUCUGGUGUUCUGUUAAUACACAAAUAAAUUUAAACGAUACUGUACAAAACACGUGUUAAAAUCGGUGAUAAAUUAGUGCCUGGUAAUAAAAUCAAAGCUUGUUACCGGAUGGGGACCCAGACUGAGAGUCGUGUCUUGCCCGGGCCUGGGUCAGGGGGUGCCAAAUUAGUGAAAUUUCUGACCUCCUGGUUCCGUGCAGUGCUCACUGUGUGGCGACCAAGCGCUCUGUACAGAGAAUUUUGCAAGAAACCGGAGCCCUUUAAGGAAUUGCCUAACAGAAACGGGGAAGUCGCCGUCUUAACGGGAGGAACGAGGGGGAUUGGUUUACAAGUUUUGAAAAAGCUUGUUCAAUCCAGAUUUCAUGUCAUUAUGGGUUGUCGCUCUCGGAUUGCUGGAGAAAAAGUGAUCGCAUCCAUUCGUGCCGAAGGUGUCACAACGGGAUCCUGUCAGGCGUUGGAAUUGGAUCUAAAAUCACUCAAAUCUGUGCAAACUUUUGCUGCUAACGUAUUAAGAGAAGCGGAUCGAAUCGAUUUGCUAAUUAGUAACGCUGGAAUCAUGUUUUCGACGUAUGAAAUAACAGAAAACGGAUGCGAGUCACACUUCCAAGUUAAUUACUUGUCCCACUUCGUCCUCACUAAUUUACUGCUGCCAAGAAUUAAGGAAACUUCCAGAAGAAGCGAUAAGCACGUGGCUUGUCGAAUCGUAAAUGUCUCAUCGGACGCCAGCUAUGGGGGACAGAUCGACCUUGAUGAGUUGGAAAAAUGCAAAGUCUACAUGUCCACAAAAGCAUACGGGGAUUCGAAAUUAUGCCAAGUUUUACACACUCGUUAUUUGGACACAAUACUCCGAUCGGAAAAACACAUCAAGGUGAACGUUUUAGCUGUUCAUCCCGGAAUAAUCGUGUCCGAUUUGUGGGAUAACUUACCACGUGUCGUUCUCGCUAUUGCAAACGCGGUCAAGGGAAUAUUUCAAACUACUGAGGACGGUGCCAACACAAUAAUUUACACCGCAUUAUCCCCAAAAUUGGAAGGAAUCGGAGGAGUUUACAUCGCAAAUUGUGAAAUUGUCCCACCAAAUCAGCAAGUUGAAAAUGUCCACGUGCAGCAACAAUUGUGGGAAAGAUCGCUCGAACUGGGAAAAAUUUAAUUGUAAAAUAAUAAAUAAUAACAAAACAACGCGAAUAAAUGUAGCCACUCUGCCGCCCGAACUUA